AUGGGGUUUCUCCAUGUUAGUCAGGCCGUGGUCAAACUCCCGACCUCAGGUCAUCUGCCCGCCUUGGCCUCCCAAAGUGCUGGGAUUACCGGCGUGAGAGCCACCGCACCCGAUCCCGACUGCCCUUUUAUUCUUCUGUGUCCCCUAGUGCAUUUUAUUUGUCUGUGUACAGCGCAGGGAUGCAUCCCCUUUCUGAGGCUUGGCCCAGGGUAGGUGCUUAGUAAAGGAUUUCUGCUACAGCGCAUUAUAGUGCUAAAGAGAGAGGGUUUUCUGUUCAGAUGAUCGGGCCACGUUUUGGUGUGACCGCUAGGGGGAGAGGUGGCACCGGCGGAGCGCUCGCCAGACCCAUUUUUCCGCUCCUUGCGUCAUCGCACAGGGCGGGGCUCGUACCUGACGCCCGGCGUCUGGGCCUGCUCUCACUCUACUAGGGAAAGGGGUGGGGCUCGGCCUUCGGGCGUGGGCGGAAAUUGCUCAGAAUCCUCGGGAGCUUUGCGAAACGACGGACCGUCGUCGACCCCGCGGUGAGCCGGAAGUAAUUGAAUAAGCCCCGGAAGUUUGGAACUACCGCCGGCGUGCGUUAGCAGGUAUAUCGCAGUGACAGUUGCUAUGGAGCCGGUCGGGCCUUGUGGUUUCUGCCCAGCGGGGGAGGCCCAGCCCGCGCGUUACACCUGCCCUCGCUGUAAUGCGCCCUAUUGCUCGCUGCGCUGCUACCGGACGCAUGGCACCUGCGCAGAAAACUUCUACCGUGACCAGGUGCUGGGAGAGCUCCGCGGCCGCAGCGCCUCGCCCAGCCGCCUGGCAAGCGCCCUACGCCGGCUGCGUCAGCAACGCGAUACCGAGGACGAGCCUGGGGAAACAGGCCUUAGCCCCGGCCCGGCGCCCGGCGGCCUCUCGGGACUGUGGGAGCGGCUGGCGCCGGCCGAAAAAACUGCCUUCGAGCGGCUGCUGAGCCGUGGUGAGGCCGGGCGGCUGCUGCCUCCAUGGCGGCCGUGGUGGUGGAAGCGCGGAGCCGGACCGCGGCGGCUUCUGGAGGAGUUGGAUGAUGCCCCGGGCAGUGAUGCCGCGGGGCUGGAGCCCGCCCUUGCGAGGACCCCGCCGGAAUCUAUGAAAGAUGCCUUCGCCGCGGAGCUCGCGGCUGCCGAGCUGGUUCUUGGAGAUGUCCCGGGGGCCUGCACGCCCGCCAUACCCACCCGCAUCCCCACGCUGGUCAGCCUGAACCGCGGUCCAGUGUCGCCGCUCGUGCGCUUCCAGCUGCCCAAUGUGCUGUUCGCCUACGCGCAUACUCUCGCCCUGUAUCACGGCGGUGACGACGCACUGCUCUCUGACUUCUGUGCUACACUGCUCGGCGUUUCCGGAGCCCUGGGUGCCCAGCAAGUCUUCGCCUCUGUGGAAGAAGCCCUGCAGGCCGCAGCCCACGUGCUGGAAGCAGGCGAGCACCCGCCUGGGCCCCUGGGCACACGAGGGGCUAUGCACGAGGUUGCCCGCAUCCUGCUGGGUGAGGGCCCGACCAACCAGAAAGGCUACACGCUGGCAGCACUGGGAGACCUGGCAAAGACCCUGGGCCGUGCCCGGAAACAGGCUGUGGUUAGAGAAGAGCGAGAUCAUCUUUACCGGGCCCGAAAAAAGUGCCAAUUCCUCCUGGCCUGGACCAAUGAAAAUGAGGCGGCCCUCACACCCCUGGCUCUAGAUUGCGCCAGGGCUCACCAAGCCCAUGCUGUGGCAGCCGAGGAGGUGGCCGCCCUCACUGGGGAGCUGGAGCGGCUUUGGGGAGGCCCCGUGCCACCUGCCCCAAGGACUCUCAUUGAGGAGCUCCCUGGCUGAACUGGGGACCCUGGUCAUUAAUAAAGCUGUGACUGGUCA